AUGUACUUGUCUUUCAAGAAAUAUGAGCUUACCCAUCCAAAUAAUUGUGAACUCAACUACAUCGAUAUAUAUGCAGACACCCUUAGUGUAGAUGACCGUCUGGACAGGUUUUGUGGAACAGCUACUGAACCUCAGAGGUCAGAAGGAAACACACUCCACGUGAGAUACUUUGCAGAUCCUAAGGCAUUCUAUGCCAAAUUCUCAAUCGUUUAUACAGCUUUCAGAGAAUCAGAACAUUGUUAUCCUGACAGGGAGUUUGAUUGUGAUGAUGGAACUUGUAUAGACAAGUCUCUGAAAUGUAAUGGUCACUUUAAUUGUAGAUACCGUUAUGACGAAGAAGAUACUAUAUGUGUUGAAGGUUCCUUGCCUGCUGUUGUACUGAAGUCAGAACACAUGAUCAUUAUCCUAGUAGUGUUUUUUGCCUUAGUUGUGGGGAUGUGUGCCUCCAUUUCCAUUUCCUGCUAUGGCAAGAUCAAGGUACGAAGAGAAAGGGAACGUGAGUAUAGACUCAGGAGGUCCAAGGAAGCAUCUGUUGAAGUAGCACUAGACCACAUAGUAAACACACUAGAUCGAGGUUUGGAAGCUACAUUAGCAGCUGAAGCAGCUCAAAUUGGUGCAAGAAGAAAAGGAGCAGGGAUUUCCCAAGAAGACAUUGAAUCUGAAAACAUCGAAAUGGACCAAUUUUACUGUACACGACAACCAAAUGGUGGUCAAACUAUCUCUGAGCUUCACAAACGUAUGUUGUCACAACCAUCAUUGAAUGUUGAAGAAUUUACCACACAUACACAAAAAUAUAGCCCACUCUCACAAUAUAGAAAUUUGGAACGAGCCCCACACACCCCACCUCAAAAUCAGAAAUAUUACUCUGUUUCACCAUCUCAGAAUGAGGAAUAUACCCACCAUUCAAAAUCCCAGAAACAAGAAUAUGUGCCUUGUGCACAACCACAGAAUAAAGAAAAUGCCACUUACACAUCACCUCAGAAUCUAAAGUAUGCAUCAUACUCAACAUCCCCAAAUCCGGAAUAUGCUAUACAGUCCACUAGGCUAAAUAAAGAAUACAAACAAUACUCACAACCAUGGGUGCAUCAACAUGCCCAACACUCACCUAUUAAGGAUCAAGAAAACAUCCCACAAUUACCAUCCCAGACUCAAAUUUACUCUCCAUGUUCACAAUACCAAAUUCAAGAAGUCAUGACACCCCAACUUCAUGAACACAUUAUACAUUCAUCACCUCAAAUUCGAGAAUACAAACCACCAUCGAUGUGCAAGUUACAAAAACACAGUCCACAAUCAAUGUCCAGAUAUCAUGAAUAUAGUCCUCAUUUAAAUCUCCAAGUUCACGAUGAUGUGCCACAGUCCCAACCUAUCAGACAUAUGAUAAUGAAAUCCAGUCGAGAUAGUGAAAGUCCACCUUUGCCUCCACCUCCACCACCACCUUUACCACCCCAUCUUCGAAGAAACCGAGAAAAUCCACAAUCUCAGCAUUAUGAAGUCACUGGAAGUCAGUUCAAUCCUUACAGAACUGCUGUAAUACCCCCUAAUGAGGAAGAAAUUGAGCUCCUAAACAAUCCUCACAGGUUUAGAGCUGAAGCUGUUAUUGAGAUGAAUCCUUCUGAGGAAGAUCGACCUCAGAGUUUUGAAUCAACUAGGUCAGCACCUGAUGUCAUAGUUCAUCGUUGACCUUAAUCUAGCUUAACAGUCAUGUAAAAUCAACCAGGUCAGAAAAUUAUGCAGUUGCAUAUUACUGAUAAUAAACGUGAUUCUGGGUUCUGCACAUUAUUUAUCUAAGAAAUUGAUUAGUACACCUCAGAGGAGAUGGAAAAUCUUUUCACCUUGAUGAUAAUUCAAGUGACAAUAUAGUGAGUAACAAAAUACAAUAUCUAGAAUAAUUUAUAUUUCUUUGGUUCAUGGUAAAUAACAAAAUAAUAUUCUUGUUGGGAAUAUGGUUUUAAAAGUUUUUGAUUUGUUUUGUUUUUGGAAGGCAAGCAUUAUUACUGGUAAUCAUACACAGAGACAAAUUUUAAAAAGUUUUCAUUUUUUUUUGAAGAAAGAUAAAAUUCUUGAAUUGAUUACAUUUAUAGGAAAGUAAGAACUAUGAGUGGUAAUAAGAAAGGGCACAACUUUCUUUUUUAAUAAAGCAAAAAUGUGACUUGUAGGCAUACAUGUAAAGGAGGUAAUUAUUUUGAAUGAUAAUUAUGUUAAUAGGAAUAUAAAGUUUUGACUGAUAAUUACUUUAGAAGGAUGAUGGAACUGUAAUGCUGCAAAGAAAAAAAAAAGAAGAAUGAUUAGAAACUAUGUGACUUAAAUUUCAUUUUGUAAUUGGCACUUUGAAUCAGUUAUAAAAUUCUGGUUACAAAGACAGAAAACAAUUGUGGGUUAAUAAUGUUUGGAGAUGGCUUGAAUGGGUAAUGAAGAAAAACUUUAAUAUAAGUUUAACAUAA